CCAAGUCAAGACUCUAAAAGUCAAACUUCCUGCUCAACAACUCAGUCUCUGACUCAGACUCUGGUUCUGGUUCUGGAGCGCGGGAAAAACUGUUUUCUUCAGACUGAACCACAAAAAAAGGAUUAAUUCACUUUACUUUCAUGGAAAACUAUUGAUUUUCUUUUUUUUAAUAUAUACUUUAGUUGCACAGUCAGGUCGUCUGAACCACAAUGAGCUGGGGGGCGCUCUACGCCCAGCUGGGCGGAGUCAACAAACACUCCACCAGUCUCGGAAAGAUCUGGCUCUCGGUCCUCUUCAUCUUCCGCAUCACGAUCCUGGUCCUGGCCGCCGAGAGCGUCUGGGGGGACGAGCAGUCGGACUUCACGUGCAACACGCAGCAGCCGGGCUGCAAGAACGUCUGCUACGACCACUUCUUCCCCGUGUCGCACAUCCGAUUCUGGUGCCUGCAGCUGAUCUUCGUGUCCACGCCGGCUCUGCUGGUGGCCAUGCACGUGGCCUACAGGAGGCGCGAGGACACGAGGACCAUGCUGGCCUCCAACGGCAACGAGAAGAUGACGGACAUGGACAUGGAGAAGCUGAAGAAGAGGCGUUUGCCGAUCACGGGCCCGCUGUGGUGGACCUACACCUGCAGCCUGUUCUUCAGGCUCAUCUUCGAGGGCGGCUUCAUGUACGCGCUGUACUUCGUCUACGACGGCUUCCAGAUGCCGCGCCUGGUGAAGUGCGAGCAGUGGCCUUGUCCCAACAAGGUGGACUGCUUCAUCUCCAGGCCGACAGAGAAAACCGUCUUCACCAUCUUCAUGGUGUCCUCGUCGACCAUCUGCAUGAUUCUGAACGUGGCGGAGCUGGGUUACCUCAUCAGCAAGGCGCUCCUGAGGUGCACGGCCCGGUCCAAGCGGAAAAACCACCUCUACACGGAGAGCGUGAGGCGGGACAACGACCUGAUGGAGAACAAGAAGAACGAGAUGUUGCUCUCCACGCGUACGGAUUCAACCAGCAACAAGACCUUGUGUUGAAGGACAAACGUCACUGGGAUCCAAGAGGAGAAAACCCUAAACUGCAUGUCCAAACACCCAUGAUGCAUCAUCGCUCAUGCCUCGAUAAAAGGCGAUUUUGAGAAGAUGGGAAAAUACGGUUUACGAACAUCAGAUUUUAGCCACUUAGAAAGACUUUUCCAACUGAAAACUGAAGUUUAAAAACUUUCAUUUCCAGGCAGAAAAAGCUGUCUAACAGUGGAAAAAAAUCUUUUUGAGAUAUUAUGGAUUGAAUUUUAUUAGUUAAGCCUAUUAUUAAGUGGCUAAAAUGUGUUUGUCCCUGUUGGCAGCCACGUUUUAAACAAAAAUGAGCAUCUGCGUCUCAAAAAACCCCAAACUAUGUCUUUAAAAUGGCCUGUCCUACAUUAUUUUAUAGUGAAUCCCGUAUUUAUAGUCAGAUGUUAUAAAUGAAAGCAUCAAACAAACAAACACAUUUAUCUUUUACAGGCGAUUUUAUCGUUCAGAGAGUGAAAGUUUGUUUUCAGUGAGUGAACCAGAGAAGAAUGAGUCUGCACUGACACCUAGUGGUGACAGUGGGAACUCUACCAAAGUGAAAGCAGAGAAACAAAUGAAGUUGUGAUGAUUCCAUGUACAGUAGUGUGUAGUUUACCAGUGCAUACAGUCACUGAGUUUGUGUUUGGUUGUGUUGUUGUUGAGUCACGUGACUGUAGCACAAGAUUUUAACCUUAAAAUAUCAUAGUUUUAAUUUAACUUUCUCUAAUUUCCGUGUGUGUGUUUAUAACUAAUGUUGCACAAGAUAAAAUAAUAACAACAACGCUGAUUAAGAUUUAA